AUGGCGAAGAGACCUCGAAGCACUAGUCUCGAAUCUUGCAUGUUGAUCAUCAUGAUGCUCUUAAUCUUCUCAAAUCAUGUCCAUGCUUUGGAUGUUUAUCAUCAGGCUGAAGUUGAGCUUCUCUUAUCCUUCAAAGCUUCCAUCGUCCACGACCCUUCACACUCCCUCUCAAGCUGGAGCAACUCCACGGCCAACAAUCUCUGCUAUUGGCACGGCGUUACAUGCGUCGGUGAUGUUAACUCGUCGCAUGUCAACGUCAUCGACCUCCAUGGAAGAAACAUCUCUGGCAGAUUAUCAUCCUCACUCUUUCAAUUGUCCCACGUCGAAAAAAUCGACCUCUCCAACAAUCAGCUACAAGGCCAAGUUCCUCAUGACAUGUUCACCAGCUCAAAUUCUCUUCGACAUCUCAAUCUCAGCAACAACAACUUAACCGGACAAAUCCCACAAGGUUCACUUCCGGGACUGGAGACACUAGACUUGUGUAACAACAUGAUUUCGGGGAAAAUCCCUGAAAACAUCGGUUCGUUCUCGAGCUUGAAGUUUCUUGAUCUUGGUGGUAAUGUGUUAGCCGGAGAGAUUCCAUAUUCCUUGUCAAAUAUGUUUAACUUGGAGUACUUGACAUUGGCUUCAAACCAGCUAAUUGGCAAAAUUCCAAGCCAGCUAGGCCAAGUCAAGAACUUAAAGUUGAUAUACUUGGGCUACAACAAUCUCUCCGGCGAAAUCCCACAUGAGAUUGGUAAGCUUACUGCUUUGAAUCAUCUCGAUCUUGUUUUCAACAAUCUCACCGGCCAAAUCCCGGACUCUCUAGGAAACCUUACCGAGCUCCGAUAUCUGUUCCUCUACGGAAACAAGCUCACAGGUCAGCUUCCUAAAUCCAUUUUCGGUCUCCGAAAGCUUGUCUCACUUGAUCUUAGUGAGAAUUCUCUUUCCGGUGAGAUUCCUGAACUUGUUAGUCAGCUACAACAACUUGAGAUUCUUCAUCUUUUCGCAAACAACUUUACCGGAAAGAUUCCCCAAUCCCUUGCUUCUCUGGCUCGGCUGCAAGUCCUUCAGCUGUGGUCGAACAAGUUCUCAGGAGAGAUUCCGAGUGAUCUUGGAAAGCAAAGCAAUCUCACUGUUGUAGACUUAUCUACAAACUACCUCACAGGAAAAGUACCUGAUACGCUAUGCCACUCGGGGAAACUUUUCAAGCUCAUCCUCUUUUCCAAUUCUCUUGAAGGUGAUAUAACAGAAAGUCUGGCUUCUUGCAAGAGCUUAGGCCGAGUUCGAGUUCAAAACAACCGGUUCUCCGGUGAAAUAUCGGCCGAAUUCGUAAAGCUUUCGCUUGUGUAUUUCUUGGAUAUCUCAGGCAAUAAUUUUUCCGGAAGAAUUGAUGACAAGAAGUGGGACUUGCCUUCACUUCAAAUGCUGAAUAUCGCGAGAAAUAGAAUUUUCGGCAACUUACCGGAGUCUUUCGGCAGCGACAAGCUCGAGAACUUGGACUUGUCUGAAAAUCAUUUAUCGGGAAUUAUUUCCCUGAAUUUCGGGAACCUAUCGGAGCUGAUGCAGUUAAAGCUUUCUCACAACAAGCUCUCCGGUUCCAUUCCUCAGCAAUUGUCCUCAUGUAAAAAGCUCGUGAGCCUAGACCUCAGCGGCAACCAGCUCAGCGGCCCAAUUCCGGUCAGUCUCUCUGAGAUGCCAGUUCUUGGUCAGCUUGAUUUGUCCCGCAACCAACUUUCCGGCGAAAUUCCACGGAACCUAGGCGUGAUUGAAUCGCUUGUUCAAGUGAACAUUUCUCGCAACCACCUCCAUGGAAAAUUGCCAUCCACCGGAGCAUUUCUUGCCAUAAAUGCGAGCUCGGUGGCCGGAAACCACCUUUGCGGCGGUGACAUCACGAGUGGUUUGCCACCAUGCAAGGGCAAAACCGUAAGAAAUAACCCCACGUGGUGGUUUAUUCUCAUCACUUGCUUUCUCGUUGCUUUAGCUGCUUUUGGUAUUGCUGGUUUUAUCAUUUUAUACAUUCGGAGACGAAAGGAUUUGGAAACGAAAACUGUGGAGAGUGAAGAUGGAAUAUGGAAAAUGCAAUUCUUUGAGCCCAAAGUUUCAAGAUUAGUUUCAAUUGAAGAUAUUCGAUCUGCAGCAAAACAAGGUAAUGUCAUUGCAAUUGGCAACAAAGGUGCACAGUUUGUUGUAAAAGAGGAUGCUGUGAAUUCAAUUUCUCCAACAUUUUGGUCUAAAAUGGUGGAAUUUGGAAACCUUCGGCACCCCAACAUAAUCCAGUUGAUCGGAAUAUGUCGAUCCGAAAAGAGCGCAUAUGUCAUUCACGAAUAUUGCGAAGGGAAAGCAUUGUCUCAAAUUCUGAGGAAUAAAAACUGGGAACAACGACGGAAGAUCGCCGUCGGGAUUGCAAGAGCUCUGCGAUUCUUGCACUUCUCUUGCUCUCCUUGUUUUGUCAUCGGUUGUGUGUCUCCUGAGAAAGUACUUGUUGACGCAGAAGAUGAGCCUCGUCUUUGGUUGAGUCUUCCCGCUCUCAGAGACUCCAAGGGUUUUGUUUCGUCUGCAUAUGUUGCUCCAGAAGCUACAGAAAGCAAAGACAUCACCGAGAAAAGUGAUAUCUACGGUUUCGGUUUAGUCCUCAUCGAAUUACUGACCGGAAAAAGCCCCGGCGACAUAGAGUUGGGGGCACACGAGAGCAUCGUUGAGUGGGCACGGUAUUGCUACUCGGAUUGCCAUCUUGAUGCAUGGACGGACCCGAUGAUCCGAGGGCACGUUUUGAAGAAUCAGAAUGAAAUUGUUGAAACCAUGAACCUAGCCCUUCACUGUACUGCUGGUGACCCGACGGCUAGACCAUGCGCAAAGGAACUAUACAAAACCCUAGACUCUAUAACGAAGACAAGUUCUUGUGUUGCAGUAAAAUUAGUUUCUUCACCUUUUUGAUAUUUUUCGAGAUCCCCAGAGAGUUGUGUUCGACCUUUUUUUCUCUUUCUUUUACUCUUCUUCGAUCUUCUUAGUUUCAUUGGUUUUCUUGGUAACGUAAUUUAUGUGUUAAUUAAUUAAUUAAUUAUCACCUUUUGUUGUAUUUGUAACAUAAGGUGUUAAUUAAUUGUUAAUAGCUCAUAUGUAUAAUGUAUUGUUUGAUGGUAUGUUUAACAUACUAUAGUGAGUGUAAAUUGUAAAUAUGUAAGGUUACUAGCUAAAUGAUAUGCUACCAAAAUUCAAUGGCUUUAUAUG